AAAGGUUUUCAACGAAGGUGUAGCAGAGCGGUCACUGCACUGCGGACAGCACACCAUGGAGCACAGAAAGCGAGUGUUCUUUGCAAUUCUAGUUGCUUUGUUAGUGAUCUUCGGUCUGUACCAAUUCAACAUGCUCACCCCGGCUGGCAACUUUAUCAGCAACGAUUUGCCGGCCGCUGUGUCUUUUAAAACUACAGUCAAAUCGAAAGCGAGGACACUGACCGACCUACAAGGGCUCCUUGAAGAUGACCCUGUGCUGCUCGACUACACCCGGGGUCUACUGAUUGAGCCUGCCGAACGCGACACUCCGUACGCCAUCAGUCAGCCCAACCUGCAGGACUACUCAGGGAUGAACAUGUCGCUCAUAAUUUACUCCCUUUUGAAACACAAGAAAAAUGGAUUUUUCGUUGACUGCGGUGCAUUCGACGGAGAGGAUGCAUCCGUUUCUUUGACACUAGAAAAGGAUUUCAACUGGAACGGGUUGAUGGUCGAUGCGGGACCAAAGCAGAUUCAGAGGCUUUUGCUCAAGGGCCGCAAGUCGUGGGUGGCGCCGACAUGCAUGAGCACCUCUAACAAGUCCAUGAUGGUCUCGUUCAUGGAGAGUGAAAUGCAGAGCGCCAUAGUCAGCAAAGACACUCAGGUCGGCAACAAUGCCGUGGUGCAGACGCUGUGCAUUCCCUUCCACACGUUCAUGAAGGUGCUUGGCAUCAAAAAGGUGGACCUCUUCAAUUUGGAUGUCGAGGGCGCCGAGCUGGAAAUUUUGAAAACCAUCGACUUCAACCGAGUGAAAAUAGACGCCAUGAUGAUCGAGCAUUUCAACAAUAAGGAGCCCGUGCAAAAAGAAAUACUUAGCAUCAUGGAGAAAAAUGGCUUCAAACUUUAUGAGAAAAACGCUUACGAUUUUGUUUUUAUACACAAUAGCGUUUAACGUACAAAUUAAUUUAUUUUGCAUUUGGUUGUGGAUAGGUUUUUAUGCUUUUGAUUGAAAUUGAAAAUUAUGCGUAGUGCCACGUACAUGUUUGCUUCGUGUCUCAUUUGGGGAGAGCUCGCCCACGAACUGAGCCAUUUGAUGGAUGAAUUUCACAGGAAACUCGGCGCGGUGCGCCACCCAAACGUCGCACGCCUUGCAUUAUCAUUAAUCAUUCGUCUCGUUCCUGAACACAGGGCCAACUUUUUUAAACGUGUGUGUCGUGCGCGAAUUUCUUCAAGAUAUCAAAAUGAAAAAGCUUAUGUGUCUUAUGAAAACGGCACAUUCAGCACAACUUCUUAAUAAUAAUAAAAACCGACUGAGGAGAAAACCUAAUAGAAACAUAGCGAUAUUUCUUUGUCUCAUAACCAUAUCAGAAAUUCCAGCAUUAUCAGCUCCAAUUAUGUGCAUGAAUAAAGAUUACUUAUUUCGAUGUUUCAAAUAUUUAUUUUAAUAAAAGUGUGCAGUGUUUUCAGUCAACGCACCUUCUCCUUCAGGAUAGUAAAACUGUGGAACGAUCUGCUGUGGCUUUUGUGGAAGUAAACCAGUGAUUCGAUGCGUUUUUUUAAUUGUGAGCCACCAAUAACCAGUGUGGUGAAAAAACUCUUGUGAUUGAUUGUUUUUGAUAGUUUUGCAUGCUCUUGUUUAUUUUCUCUUUAUGUAUUGACUGCAUCAUGAGUAAACGCGGAAAUAAAAUUUUAAUUAAUGA